AUGGGUAAUGAUGGUGGAAGUAUAGCUGAAAGAGCAGAAUUAGUUAAAUUAAAAAAACCAGAAAAAAGAGUUGAGAGUUAUUUAGUUGCAAAAGUAUAAUGUUAUUCUAAUUAUAGUUAAGAGCAUAAUUUUGUUCAUUAACCAAAGAAAGAUUGAGAAAGCCAAUUGCUUGUUGUAGAGUUGGAUAUCUAUACAAUUAUGAUUCUUUACUAAAAGCCUUUAUGGAUAAGAAAAUUCCUUAAGAAUUAAAGCAUUUAUAAAAUGUAUAUAUUUAAAUCUAUUUUAGAUGAAAAAAGUAAAAAAAUUGAAUAUUACUGAAAAUACAGACUAAAAUAAUGAGUUUCCUUUCAUUUGUUCAAUUAGUUAAAAAGCAUUAAAUGGAAAAGAUAAGUAUUUAAUUAUUUUAUAUAGAUUCUUAGCAUUAUGGAAUUGUGGUUGUGUAUUUAAUAAAAAAUUAAUUAAAGAUCUUAAAAUCAAAGAGUUAAAAUGUCCAAUUUGUAAUAAACAAUAUACAGAUAAAGAUAUUGUUUAGUAAUUUAAUAAAUAUAAUUUUAGAUUAUGUCCAACUAAUGAAGAUGCAGAAAUAAAAAAGGCAUAAGUUUAAAAAGAAAUUUAGUUAAAAGAUAAAUAGAAAGAAGAUCAAAAAUAAUAAUUUAAAGUCUUUGAUGCAGUUGAAAAUCUAGAAUAAUAAUAAAAAAAAAAAAUAUGUACAGAAGAAUGUAAAAUGAUGAGAAAAGCAAUGGAUAAUAAUAAAUUAUAAAAUUUAUAAAAUCAAAGUCAAGAUGUAAAAAAAAAUGAAAGUAAAUUAAUUAUUAUUAAUUUUAGUUUAUUAAUCCUUAUUUCAUUAAUAGCAUAAACUCGAAGAUAAUCUAUUUACUAGAAAUGUGAGAUUUGGAAAUAGAUGA